AUGGAAAAAUCAAUGGCGACGAACAAGUCAAACAUAGAUGUGGAUUAUCAAGUAAUUUCUUCUCGAUUUUCUGUUGAAAAUAUCGAAGAACUUCAACAAGGUGUUGAACAUUUAAAUGAACAUGGCUAUGCUAUAUUUAGUAAUAUUCUUACGAAUGAUGAAAUAAAUAAUAGCAUCGAUUUAUUAUGGAAACAUUUAGAAAAUUUAAAAAGUCCUUAUAAUAUUCGACGUAAUGAUCCUGAAACAUGGAAUAAACAUUGGCCUGGAAUAUCCAAUAUUGGUCUAUUAAAUGAUCACGGUAUAGGUCAAUCAGAAUUUAUGUGGUAUAUUCGUGGUAAACCAAAUGUAAAGAAAGUUUUUUCACAUAUAUGGAAUUCUAAUGAAUUGUUUACAUCUUUCGAUGGAGCUGGUUGUUUUCGUGAUUGGCAUUUAAAUAAAACAUGGAAAACACAGAGCGGUUGGUAUCAUUGUGAUCAAAAUCCAUUUCGCAAGCCUGAUCGAUGUUCAAUACAAGGUUUUGUUUCUUUAACUGAUAAUGAUGAAUCAACAGGUGGUCUUGUUAUUGUACGUGAUUCUCAUAAAAAUUUUAUUGAUUUACAAUUUAUUGUUGAUGAAAAUCGUUUAUGGGGUGAUUUUGUAUCAAUUCCUGAUGAAAUAAUCGAAAGAAUACAUCCACGUUUAGUUAAAUGUAAAGCAGGAGAUCUUAUUGUUUGGGAUUCUCGAUCUAUUCAUUGUAAUACACCAGCUCCUAUUGAUAAACAAAAAGAUAAUUCAUUAUCGGAAUUCCAACUUUUACGUAUUGUUGCUUAUAUAUGUAUGAGUCCAUUAUCAAUGUUUGAACCUGAUGGAGUUCGAUAUGAAAAUUUAGAAGAAUUUCGAGAAUUAAGAGAAGAUUUCGUUCGAGAUAGAACUACAUGUACACAUUGGCCAUUGGAAUUAAUUACAGCUAGUAUGUAUUUUUAUUAA